CCAAAACAGGUUCUACCCAAUGCGCUGGCACACUCAGUGGUACCAGACUAAACCACACCCCUCGCAGCUCUGGAUCUUCACAAUCAGCUCAUGCAGCCGAGGUGAGGUGGGGUUACCGGCAUUCCUUAAAGGCCUCUUUGUUGGACUGGUGUAUAUAAACCUUGUCCAUACGUCCAACCCCCUCUGCACACUGCUCAGCCACACUCCGGCCUGUCAACACCACUGUCCGGGACCCCGUCUCCACUCCUGCACCAUGAGGGUAACGUGCAGCACCGUUCUCCUGCUGGCUUGCUGCGUUUGGGUCAUUCAUGCCCAAGCCCAGAGCAGCCAAAGCGUUGCUAACCAAGAUAACAGCAACCAAGCUAACGUACACGCCAACGAAAGCACGCCCAGCCUUCCAAGCAAGGCCAAGCAAGAGCCCCAACAGCCAAACAGCGUCUGGGACGAGCCCAUCCGCUUCAGCUCCAAAGCCAAGGACUCCUGCACGCUGGUGAUCUCUGGCCAAGGAGACUUCACCAAGCUUCGGGUCUCCUGCAAGAACAAGGGCAAGUCCUACUGGUGCGACUUCCUGGGCAAGCCCAACCUGUGCCGGCCUUACAACAAAAACCCACGCCAUUACUUCACCCAGGUCAUGUGGGAGCUGCGCAAGCUCCCCAACGCCUGCCAGGGACCCCGCGUCUACAAGCCACAGAUGUGCCGCACAGCUGGGGAUGAAGCUCAGAUGGUCUUCCACAAUUCCUGGCCUAAGACAACCACCUCAGCGCCAGUGACGGCUCCGCAGGACCGCAGCCAAAGCCAGCCGAAACAACCACAGCCACCCAAGACCAGCGCCACCCCCAAACCACCAACCGCGGCCAAAGCCGUCCCCAAAACCCCCAAACAACCCACCAAACCUGUGCUGCCCCGCAAGCCCAGCAAGACCACCACAGCAAAACCCACCACAGAACCAGAGAACCGAGCUACUAAACUGGCAGAGGAGUACUGCUGGAGCGGCAUCCAGAACGUCUGUGCCUAUUUCAUCGGCUGGUUUCUAAACCAGUAACUACUUACACUGGCCCACAGUAUAGGAGACUUUCAGAGUCUUCUGGACCUCCAGCCAAGUCAUCCCCCAGGGACCUGAACUGUGUGUGUGUGUGUGUGUGUGUGUGUGUGCCUAUGUAUGUAUGUCAGAAAACCUCGGUUAACACUUUAACAUCCUUAACAAGAAAAAGUGAUAGAAUAUUUUUCUAAUUUAGUAUUUUUAGUUUGGAGCAAUAAUAAAAAUCUUUUUUUUAAUUAAAUACAAAUUUCUGUUCAAUAAUUGAGAUAACACUUUGUGGUAAUAACGAACCACAAAUGAAAAAAAAAACUGUUGUAAAAAGUUAUGUAAUUCCAUUCAAUAAGACCUCUGAAACUACAUUUUCUGGAAAUACUAUACUAACCUAAGAAAAUACCAUAGAAAACAACGUGUUGAGUGAUUUGCGCAUAAAAAUCCAUACUAGUGAACGAAACAGUUCCCUCUAGUGGAUCACUUUAGACUACAGACUUCUGUUGAUUGUUGGAGAUUGUCAGGUUGGGUUUAGUUGAACACAUUUAAUAAACAUAGAUUAUGGUGUUAUGUAUCACUAAUACUUUUCACUGCUGAGAAUUAGUGAACAGUAUGAACACUCUUUUAACUUUGAUGUUUCUGACAUUUCUAUAUCUGACAGUGGUAUUCUUUUUUUAAUGUAAAUUUGUAAUAAAAUUAACAUUGACCUUC